GACUCGAACUCACAGCCCGAUGGAGAGGUUACCACCAGAUGCCCUGGAGGCUCUCGAGUCAUGAGACCAGGUUCUCAUGGUGACACACAGUCUUCCAGCUCCUUGGACUGGCAGCCAGUUCAGGAGCAUGAACAACAGGGAAGAGCUGCUACAGAUGUGGUUUGGGGAGAUUUCGACCUGCUCUCUGAAGGAGAAAUUGCAGAACUGAAAGCUGCUGUUGCAACAAAUACCCCGCCGGGGCUGGCUUCUGCGCUGCAAGAGGUCAGUGAGGCAGUCAAGAAUGAAGUGCUCAAAGUUGCUGUAGUCGGAGAGACGGGAUCUGGAAAGUCAUCUUUUGUCAAUGCCACCCGGGGUCUGAAAGAACAUGAUGCAGAUGCUGCUGAGACUGGGGUGCUGGGAGAAAUGAUGGUGGAGCCUCAGGCUUAUGCAUAUCCCGAACACCCCAACGUGACACUAUGGGACCUGCCAGGGAUCGGGACAAUGAACUGUCCCUUAGAUACUUUCCUUGGGCAGCGUCAGGUCAGCCAUUAUGACUUGUUCAUUAUCAUCUCCCAUGAGCGCUUCACGCACACCGACGCCAGACUUGUGGAGGAGAUUCGAUCGCUGGAGAAGAUGUUUUACUUUGUCCGUUCCAAAGUGGACUUGGACGUGGCGUCUGCACGGAGAAGAAACGGCCGUGAGGAGAGCGCCCUGCAGACGAUCAGAGAGGACUGUACAUCGCACCUGGGAGGAGAAACCGACGUUUUCCUUAUAUCCAGCUGGGCCCCUGACAAGUUUGAUUUCCCCCGCCUGCAGCGAACGUUAGCCGAGGAAUUCCGCCGUCACAGGGCGAGUGCUUUGCAGUGGGCUCUCUCAAAGAGCUCCUUACCCAUUUUGCGAAAGAUAAAAGUGCCAUUAUAGGAGGCAGAGCAGAUAUGGGGCCAAACUCUCUAUUUGGGUAGCUCCAAUUUACGCCACCAGAUUAUUUGGCCCAUGUCCUAUUUUUGUGUCCCUCUGCCAGCAAAGCCAGGAACCUGCGAUUUAUUAACAGUUCCACUGGCCAGGGAGUCACAGUUCUUUCCCCGCUCCCCUGGUGCUCUGGGUGGGGUUGGUGUGAUGGUUUGGGGAGCUGUGUCCAGACUUUCUGAACUCUGGGUGAUGCAUGAAAUUGUAUCACCCUGUCGUAGAAAGCCGGAUCCACCUCCACCGACAGUGCACGCAGCUGGCACACACCGGGAAGGCACUAGACAUUCAGCCAUGGCACUUUGACCACACUCGCUCUGCUAGAGAGCUGCAGCCUACGGGAGCAAAAACAGUUUGAU